AUGGUGCUCUCGUUGCCAGUCCCCGGCUUCUCCAGAUCCUCCACAUCUCCCCGCCCCGCCGACAACACUCGAUGCCGAGAAUCAGCCUCCGUGUCCUCAUCCAGUUCCUCAUCCAGUCGCAAUGUCCAAAAAUCACCUGGUCUAGGACAGAAUCACCCUUCAUCUAACAGCCACUCCGUCACCCUCAGCGAAGCGCUACGCAACAAUCCUUUCGGCAGCACAUCACGGUCCCGUGACCCCGUUCAGCUCGCGGCCCACCAGACAGAAGAACAAACGCGGGAACAGGAGGAACUCAAUACCGCACUCGAGACUCUGGUCCGCGUCUUUCCCGAUAUACGGAUAGAGGUAUUCCGCGAACUGCUGGUGCGGUUUGACGGACAGAGCCGAGUGCAAGUGUGUGUGGAGGAGCUACUCAGACACAAGAAGAAAUGGGUUUCAGGACGGUGGAAUUUUCCCGAAGGGAACAGUGAGACCAAGACGGAGGGAGAGGCUUAUGUAGGCCGUGAAGGCGUUGAAUUCAAUAGCCAUGACGCUGGCGAUGACACCCUAGUCCCUCCCGAGGAGCGUUUUCGGUCGGACGACUACAAGGCCGCCGUGCGGAUGGCUAUGAUAAAAGAGUUCAGUGGUCUGAAUAAAAGCACGGUUGAGGCUGUCCUGGCCGAAGUGAACUUCAGUUAUGCGCGGGCUCGACCGACCCUACGGGACCUAUCGCGUCGGACAUGGCGCGCAACGUUCAACAAUAUAUUGCCGUCCUUCAGGCGAAGGAAGGAUCGCGAAGAACAUCCGCUUCUGGUCUGGAAUCGUCGAGUAGACGGGGAACUUGCUCCUAGUCUGAAGGGAACCGGAUGCAAGGAGUUGGACGCAGAGCUCUACGAUAUGUUAUUGGUCCCACUCUUGCGACACCAACGCGAAGAACAGCAGGAUCAAGAUUUUCGGAUUGCCUCGGAGCUGAAUGAAAAAGAAGCACAGACAGCCAAUGCUCUGUACGAAUGCGAGUGUUGUUUCGCCGAUGUGACAUUCGAACAGAUCGCGACAUGUUCGGCCAACGCUCACAUAAUUUGCUAUAACUGCAUUCAGCGAACGGUUUAUGAAGCACUAUUUGGACAGGGUUGGGGUAAGUCUGUGGACCUGGAGCACUGCACUUUAAAGUGCCUUGCACCAUUAUCCGUUGGGUCGUGUGAGGGAUGUCUCCAUCCGCAAAUUGUCAAGCAAGCAAUUCUUCUUGACACAGCUGGCCUUGAGACAUAUCGCAAGUUUGAAGACCGGCUCUCUUCUGAAGUACUCAUGAAAUCUCAGCUCAAGCUUGUUCGAUGCCCAUUUUGCUCCUACGCCGAAAUUGAUCCUGUGUACCACCCUUCGCCCCGUGGUGUCCGCUGGCGGUUCCGCCGUGAUGGGGGCAUUAUCCCCACAAUUUUGAUGACUAUUUUACUUCUCGACCUCGUCCCUUUACUUCUAAUUCCUGUUUUAAUUCUGUUACUUUUGGACCGAGCCACCGCAACGGCGGUCUUCGGCAAUGCCAUCUGCAAUCUGUGUCUCAAGAUCCGACCUAAACGGUUUAGCUGUGCGAAUCCCUCCUGCUUACGCAGUAGCUGCAUGACAUGUCACAAAACGUGGCGAGAUCCACAUGUGUGUCAUGAGCCUUUACUUUUGGACUUGCGAGCUACUGUGGAGGCUGCUCGCACCGCCGCUGUGAAACGAACCUGUCCCCGGUGCUGCCUCUCAUUCGUCAAAUCCUCGGGCUGCAACAAAUUGACCUGUGUCUGUGGCUAUUCCAUGUGUUACUUAUGCCGCAAAGCACUCGGUCCGCCUAUCCGAACAUCUGCGCCUCCCCGUGUGCCCCGUGAUCUGGGCGCUUUCGAUGGUCCGGGCGAUAUACCCGAGGAUCACCUCGGCGGCGAUAGUGCAGACAAUAUUUCCGAAGACGAUGAAGCCGAAGAACCAGAAGGCUACAAACACUUUUGUGAGCAUUUCCGCAUCAACCCGGGAUCCCGCUGCACAGAAUGCACCAAAUGCAAUCUCUAUCAAGCAGAAGACGAGGAAGCGGUCGCGCGCCGCGCGGGCGAGAAAGCCGAGCUUGAAUGGAGGCUUAGACAUGGUGAAUCCGGUAUCAAUCACACCUCCCCUGUUGGAUCCCGAAACAUAAACCAGGAUCUCUCGGCGGGUGCAGAUCGCCAUGCCACAAAUCGUCGCGCUUCGGCUUCCUUUUGGGGCCUACAGUUCACAUCACUGGGUAAGCCAUGGGCUUACUGGUUCAGCGAUGUAUGGGCAGGUGGCCGGUGGAAGCUCGAGGGUCAAGCUUUUGCGGACUGGAUCGUGGAACGGGUUAUUGAAAUUGAGGAUACAUAG